GUCUGGACCAGAAUCACGGCGGGGAGUAUGCUGCCUAUGAAAGCCUGAUUGAGAGGUUCAUCACAGCCCUCAGAACCUGCGAGGUCGAUCCCUACAUGGUGCUGGACGGAGGCUCGGACCACACCGACAAGAAGCUCGAAACUGUGACAAAAAGGGCAGAGCAGCGGAUCGAAAGAGCCCAUCGAGCAGCAAAGGACGGGGGUAAGGAAGACAUCCUGCCAAUUAUGACCAAGUGGGUGUUCAGACAGACGCUGACCCGGCUGAAGGUCCCGGUCGCCAAGUGCUUUGGCGAGGCCGAUCGGGAGAUAGCUGCCCUAGCUGAUAAGUGGCAGUGCCCAGUGCUUUCCAACGACAGCGACUUCUACAUCUUCAACCUCUCAGCAGGAUUGUUGCCCAUCUCUUACUUCCAGUGGCAGGAUGUAAAGGGGAAUGGCUCAAAGAGCUACAUCCCUUGUAAGAGGUACUAUACCUCCAGCUUCUGCAUCUCCUUCAAAAUCCAGCCCCAGCUCCUGCCCACCUUCGCUGCCCUGGCUGGGAACGACUACGUGAAGCUGCCGAAGUUUAUCUGGAGUCGGUUUGCCCCAGACGCCAGUAGGCCUCAGAGCCGCCUGGAGGGCCUGCUGUGCUGGAUGAAGGACUUUGAGCAGCCAGAGGACACCUUGAAGGCAGCAGUGGAGCUGAUGGGAGGAAAGAGCCAGAACAAGGAGAAGAUGCUGCAGAGUUUGUCUGUGGGGAUGGAGGAAUACAAACUACCUCGCAGCUCGCUGGUGGAGUUCUUCGUCCGUGGGGUUGUUCCUCCGUUCCUAGAUGAGGAGCUCAUUGGUCGCAUCCCAGAUUGGAUGCAGCUGCGUGUGAUGCAGGCCCGGCUACCCGGGGACACCCUGGACGUACUGCUGCUGCACAGGCUGAGCCUCGGCACCCCCGUGGACCACAAAGACCUGCCCAGUGCUAACUUGACCUCCAGACCUCUCCGCCAGGUGAUGUAUGGGCUGCUGCUGGGCAAAGAGACGUCAUAUAAGGUGGAGGAGAGAGACAGGGAGGACCUCCAGCUGAAAUUCAUCCGAAUCAAACCAACCUUCAGUCGAGUGGCUCAGUGGCUCCAGCUGAACUCACUGCAUGAGGCGCAGCUCUCUGAACGUCUGGAGGUCUUACUCGAGGCUCUCGGGGUGAAAGAGGAACUUCUGAACGAGCUGCCGCCUCAGCUGCGCCUCCUAGUGGCUGUGACCUGUUACUGGUGGAACAGAGCUCGGCCUCGUCCGGACCUGAAGCUGCUGAAGUCGUUGCUGCUGGGAAUGAACCUCAAAGACACAUCGCGACUCAGCGCAGUUGUGCAGGCUCGCUGUCAUCAGAAGCCUGAUGUGGGCGUGGCUCACGCCUUCAGCCAGUGGCAGGUGUGCAUGAAGGACAGCAUGCACCUGAACCAGCUGCUGGGCCUCCCUCUGCCUGAACCAGACGUCGCACGGUUCUAUCAGGGGACGCUGGUCCACCAGCUGGUCCACAUGAGGAGAACAGGAAGCAGACUGAAGCGUGUCCUGAAGCCAGAUCAGGCCAGUGUGCAGCAGUACCGCGACAUGCUGUCGGCCAUCCGCCGGCUCCGGCCCCGGCCCCGCCAGGGCUCCGAGUUCUCAGAGAGCGAGCAGGCAGAGAGGCGGGCUCUGAACGACCAGACCAACCUCAGGCUGUUCCAGCUGGACUACGACGAGGAGAUAGAGGCUCGCAGCUUGGCCCGGGCACAGGAAGAGCUGCGGCUGGAUGAUCGGCUGCUGCUGAAAACUCGGUACAAAACCAAGGAGAGAAGGAAUCGCUGCAACAAAGUGGAACUGAGCCGGAAGGAGGAGGGCCGAGGCAUGGACCUCCUCUGACGGACCGUCGCUGGAACCGCCGUCAGCAUCCACUCUGUCUGGCUUCAGCCCACUUUCUCCUCCCUCUGUUGGCUCCUGUGCUCCAGACUCUUUAUGGGACAAAUAUCUGCUAGUUUUUCCACAAUCUGCGUCAUUUCAGAGGAUUUUACAGCCUUUUAUUUGUGAUUUUACAGGAAGCAUGAAUGUAAGUUUAAUAAAAGGAACCUCAUCAAUAAAGAUUUUAAUGUUUCUGACCCCCAAUCUUUUUUUCCUGUCCUGUCUGAAGGAUAAGAAAAAUGCCCAACAGAUUUCUUUUACUGCUCCUGCUAUACUGGUCCACUUGAUUGUCAUAUUUAUCCAGUCUUAUUAUUAUUAUUAUUAUUAAUUUUGAUUUUAUUUGGAGUUAUUACAGGACCGGGCGAUGGGAAACAGAAAGAAAGAGGGCAAGAGAGAGAGAGAAGACAGCAGGGAAACCAUAGCAACAGCCAACCUCAGCAUCAGCAACAGUCAAUACUAAACAUGAAUGUUACUGAGCAGCACACAGGACUGAUAACGCACGAGAUGUUUGGAGACAGCAGCCAACCCAGACAGUGUGUGUCUGCUUACACCUGUGUGUGUGAGCGCUUGUGUUCAUCAGGUUUCUCCAUGUAAGUGUCUGAUAGUGGGAGUGGGGAGCCAUGGCCCCGCCCCCACAGGUCAUUAGGCAGGCAUGGAGGAAAUCCCCCCAGAGCCCGAGGAGGACCGACUCCCAUCCAGGGCCGUCGUCUGUGGCUCUUCUGCGCAGCUGCUGUCUCUGCUGCUAUUUUCGGGGACUUCUCAUUUUAAGGACAAAUUUGCGUCACACUUGGAUCAAUUCUUGCUUUUUCAGAACGUCUCACCGCGCUCCUCAUUUCAGUUUGUUAGAACAUCACAUUUGUGACCUGUUACUAAACAUGUGGACACCAGAUGGCGCUCUGCGGUGAUCACAGCAUCGUAAGUGUUUGUUUGGACCCGUGCAGCUGCAGAUCAUAAAUCAGCUUCUGAAAAACACAUCUGGGUGUUUCAGCUUGUUGGAAGUGCGUCGGGCAUUUUGCAGUAUUUUGGUUGCAGACUGACGUAAUAUGACGAAGGUUUCAGGUAUUUUACGAAAUGCACGCGGCGCCCACAGGACAUCAGAAGAUCUGUCCGGUGGGUUUGAUUCUCAGGUUCGUGUUUGGCUCGGUGCUCUCGUACUGUCAAGUACUCGUAAU